UGCAGACGAUGGCCCGACAUGGUGGUGCCUGCUGAAGUCGCCAAGAUAUCAUCAUACGCGUUCUGCUACUGCGAGUCCCUCACCUCCAUCUCGUUGCCUGAGGGCGUCACCGUUGUGGGCAGCAAUGCAUUCUACCGAUGCUCCGCUCUUGCGUCCGUCACGCUGCCCCGCGGCCUCACCACGGUUGGGAACAUGGCCUUUUGGGGCUGCAGAGCCCUCACCAGCGUCACGCUGCCAAAGGGACUCGCCAGCAUCGGGCACGGAGCCUUUGCGGGCUGC